AUUGGGGAACGCUCUAUUCAUCAGCCUCUAGAUUGUUGGAGUCUGAGAUCAUCUGUCUGUGUAUAUUCUCAGUGCAGUCUGUCUGGGAUGACCAGGCGACCUGCUCUUCAUUCUUCGCGAAGAUGUCUACAGAUCGGACACCGAAGUAUCGUCAAGAGAUCCAGCAGAUGAUGUUCGUCUCUGGGGAAACUGCCGAACCCUCGGUUGAAACGACUACCCUCAUCGAGGAGAUUGUUCGUCAGCAAGUUGUCGAAAUUCUUGCUCGAAGCACCGCUCUGGCAACCCGCCGCGGUGUGCGCUCUAUCUCCACCGAUGAUCUGAUCUUCUUGAUCCGUCACGAUAAGGCCAAGGUGUCUCGCCUGAAGACCUUCCUCUCAUGGAAAGAUGUUCGUAAGAACGUCAAAGACUCGGACGACAAGGGCGGUGCCGAUGCGGCCGAUUUCGCCGCCGCCGACGACCCCAUCGCCGGAGGCGUCGUGGCUGGACCUCAAGACGUUGCGUCGAAGCCGAAGAACAAGCGUGCCCGCGUCGGUCUCGCUUGGGAUGUGAACAGCUUUUAUUCCGUGCAGGUUCCCGAGCGUGAGGAUGAAGAAGACGAGGAGGAGGAGGAGCAGAACUACGCCACCCUGCAGCGCCUUGCCGCUGCCGACGAACGCACCAAGCACAUGACGAGGGAAGAAUAUGUGUUCUGGUCGGAAUGCCGUCAGGCGUCCUUCACCUACCGCAAGAGCAAGCGUUUCCGGGAGUGGGCCGGGUUCGGAAUCGUCACCGAGUCGAAACCUAACGAUGAUAUUGUCGACAUCCUCGGGUUCCUGACCUUCGAGAUAGUGCAAACGCUGACCGAGGAGGCCCUCAAGGUCAAGGAACGGGAGGAUCGAGAGAAGAACCGUCGUGGCGGCGCAGAUAAUGGCGAGGAUUCCAAGAAACGUAAGCGCGAGACCGGACUCUUCGACCCCCCUGAGGAGGGCCGCACCCCUGUCGAACCCAAGCACAUCCGCGAAGCCUAUCGCAAACUGCAGGCGACGUCCAAUAAGAACAUCGCCAUGCUGCUACAUAACGGUCGUGUGCCGGCCCGGAUGCCAUUACGACUGAUUUAAUGGGGUUAUUUUGUUAUACGGCGUCUAUUGGAGUCCAUGCUAGUGAUACCCUCAACACGCACUCCUAAUUUUAGGACCGGCCUCUUUAAUAUAAUAUGGUGCGAUAGCAUUGCAAUGAUUGGUUUACUUUUGUUCUGCACCAAGCCCUACUUGCUUACGCCCCGCAUGUCUAGAUUUCCUUCCAUUGGAUAAUGUGUCUUUCAUUUGCAAAUUAAUACAAAUAUGAUACUAG